AGAACAAAGAACCCCCUACCCUAACAAAAAACCGUCAACAAAUAUCAGAGACCAAACCUUUUUCGUAACUGCGUAGUUUGCCUGUUCCUAUCCGUAGAUAAUUCUUUAAAGAAAUUGGUUUCUAUUUAUAAGGCGUUGUGCUGAGUUUUCCCAAGUAAAAGCAGCAUUGCACAGACGGUUUACUACACCUCUUUAUUUCAAUUUGUGAACCUGUGCUUGUUUGCUUAUCAAGUGAUCUCAUCUCCUGGGUUAAACCACCAAGUGUUCGUUGUUAUAGUGAAAACCUUCAAUGUUGAGAUCAUUCAGUAGACAUAAUUCAAGAAUCUAUACUGAAAAUUAUACGUCAGAAGUGACCCUAGCACUGAUACGUUGGUUUUGUGUCAUGGAAACAGUCAGUUUGUUCACAAAAAAAGGUGUUUUCUGUCAUCCACGAAGUGUUUUAAGAAACUAAAGUUUAAACUGCUGUUGGUUCUGUGAGUGACUUAUCUCCCAAAGUUGUUUUUAAAGCAAGGUACAAAUCAUUAGUGAAAGAUGAAGCUUUUAGAGAGUAGUCGCUUUGAGCAAGUUAACUCUGCUCUUAAUAUGUUCACUGGAGACUGCAACAUUAUUGGAAGGAUUGAAAGCUAUUCAUGCAAAUUGGCAGGACAUGAAAAACAACUGUAUAAGCGUUUCCAUUCAGAGGCCGGUGCUGGUCCGCACGAUCUUCAAGUAUUAUCAGCUCCUCAAACUGCGCUUGCUGUUUCCCCAACAGGAGGUUAUUUCAGUAAUCAAAGUUGCAGCGUUUCAGGAGAUGAAGAAGGCCCGUUAUGUGACACAAUAAGCCGCAAAACGUUAUUUUAUCUUAUCGCCACACUAAAUGCUUCGUUUCAUCCAGACUAUGAUUUUUCUUAUGCUCGCAGUGAAGAAUUUAGUCGCGAACGAUCGAUUCAAUGGGUAAUGAAUGCAGUCGAUAACAAUUUGAGUGCUACAGCUGGAGAUCUCUACAAUUCCAAAUUACAUGCUCAGCUGUGGGCUGCCAUUAACGAUGAAAUCAAUUUGCCCGAAUGUGACAUCUAUAGUUACAAUUCGGAUUUGGCGUCAGAUCCCUUUGGUGAAGAUGGUUCAUUGUGGUCCUAUAAUUAUUUUUUCUACAACCGGAAACUAAAGCGCAUUGUUUUCUUAACUUGCAGAGCUGUCAGUUUAAACCACAUGGAUCUGAGUUGCGGUGCGGAAUUCAUGAUGGAUGAAGAGGCCUUCCUAUAAAGUGGGAGCAAACAGCCAACAAAGCAGAACUAUGACGCCAAUUUAAAUGUUUUAAUUACAUUAGUCGUCAAAAGUAGACGUUCGAUUUAUGUUUACACAUCGACAUUUUACAAAAUAAGACGUUUAAGAUUUUUUGGUUGCGUACCUCGAUCAGAUUUUUCUCAGUAGUUCGAUCGUCUGUCGCACGCCAGCAUUUCUUCCGGAAAAUCCUUCCUCCGGAGACCUGUCUUUACUUUAAUUUAAAAAAGAAGACGAUGUAAUACAUGUUUUUUCUUUUUUUUUUCUUCCGAACUACGUCGCAUACGAAUACACGGAAUCAUAUUUACCUUUA